ACUGGGUAGUUUUGGUGGCUGCUGAGAAUUGUAAAGUUGGCAUUGAUGUGAUGAAAGUUGAAUACCCAAAAAAUCAGACUGUUCAAGAAUUUUUUGAAACUCUUAAAGACCAGUUUUCAGAUUAUGAAUGGUCUGUAAUAACUAAACCACUACAAGAAAUAGAUCAAUUACAUCAAUUUUAUAGAUAUUGGUGUUUAAAAGAAAGUUAUGUAAAAGCUAUAGGAAUUGGUCUGGCUUUAGAUUUGAGAACUAUUGAAUUUCAUUUAUCCGACAAGGAAGAAGGAACGAAUUUAUCAGAAAAUAAAAAGACUUCAAGGACAAGAACUAAAUUAUACAUUAAUAAUGAACUUAAACAUCAAUGGAAAUUUGAAGAACUAUACCUUGAUAAUCUCCAUUGUGUUGCAGCUAGUUAUAGUACUUUAGACGAUGUGGAUAAGAUCAAAGAAGGAAAAUUUGAAAAAAUUGACAUUGAAGAAGUUCUCAAUA